AUGAAGCUGGAGAAGGAACAACAAGAUGCUCUUCGAAAAGAGCAAUAUGGAUUCGCUAGCUUGGCCAAGGAGCAGCAGUUUCGCUCCACAACACAAGGCGAGAUGAAGGCCCUGAAUGACAAGGUCCGCGAGCUAACGGACAUGCUUGAGGACCGCAAGAAUGCCAAUCGCAUGCUGGCCACGGAAAACCAGCGCCUCAAGAAGAUGUGCGCAGACCUUCAGGUGCAGCUUCUGGACAAGCCAACUGCGCGGGGAGAGAGUGCGGCGCUGAAGGCCAUGCGGGACAUGGCACGGCAGUUCCAGAACCGGGAGCAGAUGACGUCAGCCGCCGCUGAGAAUCUGGUUUCGGAGCUGAUGGGCCAGAAUCAAGCAGCCAUGGACGAGAUGCAGCGGCUGGCAGAUGACCGAGACGGACUCAUGGCUGAGCUGCGCAGCACCCGCGAGGCCUUAUCUUCCGCCACAUCUGAGGUAGCUGCCUAUCGUGAGGAGCUUGCUGCCAGAGCGGAGGAGAAGGAAGCGCUGCUGGCGGAGAAGCAGCAGCAGGCACUAGAGGCGCAGCAACUGGAUGAGCAGCGGCAGCUGGCCAUAUCUCAGCUGGAAUCCGAGGUGGGGGCGCUGAAGCAGCAGCUGGUGGAGCGCGAUGCGGCUGCUGAGGCGGCCCGACUGACUGCUGAGGCGGCUCUGCGAAGUCAGAAGGCGGAGCUUGAGGCAGCGGCCCUGCUGCAGCGAAAGGCGGCGGUAGCGGAGCUGGAGACACAGGUAGCCUCCCUGAAGCAGCUGCUACAUCAGGCCCACGAGUCCCUGCGCUCCCUCAACCAGACCGAGGCACUAGAACCAGGAUGGACCCUCAUGGAGCAGGGCAUGAUUAGUGUGGCGCACGGAGCCGCGGAGACCACAAAGGAGCAGCAGAUGCAGAAUCAACCACACCAACAGCAUACGGCAGAGCCAGCGCCUCCAGCGGCGCCGCCGGCUGCACAAGUGCCAGUGACAUCCCAGACGUCCUGGCGGCGCUCUCGCUCCCGUCGGUCGUCACGCGCGGGGGAGUCUGUGGCUGGCUCGGCAGCGGCCGACGGACCUGUGCGUCGAUCCGCUGCUAGCUCGGUUGCAGGUUCGGAGCAGCAGCUGCAGGCGCCCGGCGAGAUAGUGCCGAAGGCCCUGGCAGAGGAUCUGCCUGGACGGGGGGGGAAUCGCGCUGGCGGCAGCGGCAGGCCGUCGGAGGCUGGCGAGGUGGGCAACGGUGCAGACGCAGCGGCUGAGGCAGAAGAUUGUGCUGACGGCCAUGUGGCUGCGGCGUUGGUGGACGGCGGAGAGGUGGCGGCGGAACGGUCUAAGGAUGGAGGAGGAGUGGGAGGAGGAGAAAGGGAUGCACUAGAGGGCCCAGAUGACCGGGAAGGUUCGGGACGCGUCAGCAAAGAGGUCACUGCGGAGACUCAGAUCGCAGUGAGUGGCAACAACGGCAACACAGCAGUAGCAGUGGAAGUCGCAAGCUCUGCGGUGGGGCCUGGGACAAGAGAGGCGGCGGCGCCGCUGGGCAGCGGCAACGAGCUUGACGGGGUUACUGCUACUGCUACUGCUGCUGCUGCCGAUGACGCUGGCGACGCCGCAGCCGCCGCCAAUACCGUACGGCUAUCGCAGUUGGUUCCUUCGGCGCCGUCGGGUCCUGCGGGCAAUAUCCUUGAGCUGUUGCUGCACGACGCCACUCUCCAUCCGGGAUCCCUCGGGCUGCCCUCCAGCGACCUGUGGGCCCUCCUGCGCCUCUCCUGCCACGGGCUGCCCGGACUUACCCACCUGGCCCUGUCUGCACCGGGAUCUGGGUCCGGAUCUGGGUCGGGAUCAGAGCCGCUGCCGCUGCGGUGCGCCAUUCGGCUGCACUUCGCUGACGGUCAGAGCUUGCUGACGGCGGUGGCGGCAGGCACGGCACGGGUGCUGUUGCAGAACCUGCGACCCGCGGUGGUGGGCGCGUUUGGGUGCCCGCGGGUGGUGGUGAAGAAGGCCGCCCCGGCGGCGGCGAUGGUGGGAACUGCCGCCGCCGCUGUAGGCGAUGGAGGGUUUGCAGGCCUAGGAGGACGGCCUGGCCGCCCCACGCGGCCCUUCCAGCUGCUGAGCUCCCCUUGGCGCCACCAGCUGCCCGACACCCUCCCGCAGCCACAACACGACGAGUUCUGCAUCAACAUGCAGACCCUGCAUCGCCUGCAGGCGGAUGCGGCCCGUGCCAGCGGUCUGUUCGGCUUGGGCGUCGUGCGGGUGUUCAUCGGGCGGGGGGAUGGCCACACGUACCAGGUGUGGCGGCUGGCAGACGUAGAAGUGCGGCGCAAGGCUACCUUCAAGGCGCUAAACAAGGUUCUUGUGGAGCCAGGGGAUGACCCAUGGGUCGCUGCAGCCCCCCUCGCAGUCGCGUCCUUGCCCCUUACGGCAUCCCUCUCCGCCCCCACUCUCACCCGCCUGGAGCUCGCAAACGUGCGGCGGCUGCUGGGCGCGUGUCGCACGGUUGCCGGUGAGAAGUUGGCGGCCACGGUGCGCAUUACGGCACGGUUGGCACGUGACCCUGAGGUUUCGGAGCAGCUCCUGGCAGCAUUGCAGCCAGCGCUGCAGGCGGGUGCGGGCGCACCCACGCUGCCGCCACUGCAUUGGCUGUCGCUGCUGGGUGCUGAGGAGCUGGUUCUGGAGCGGCUGCUUCGGGAGGUGCGGGAGGGGGUGGGGGCGGCGAUGGGGCGGCUCAUGGCGCUGCCGGCGCAUGAUGAUGCGGGGACGGUGGAGGUGGAGACGCUGGGCCGGCAUGCUGUAGAGGCGGUGCUGCUGAAGGAGCGGCAGUUGACCGAGGGGCUGGCCAGCUGCGAGAUGGUGGUGGCUGCGGCCAGGGCAGCCAACCCGCAGCAGGAGGCCCACCUGGCGCGAGCUCGCAUGCAGCACAUACGCAGACACGUGGCCAGGACCCUGGCAGAGACCAGCGCCUUCUUCCGCCAGCGUCUGGAGCUGUACCGCCUGGGGGCCGUCACCUGGCACUUCAUCACGGAGGCCGGAGGCGGCGACGACCCAGCCAAGUGUUUGGCGGAUGUGCUGCAGGCGCUGGCGGCGGCAGUGCAGGCGCUGGCGCCGCCAGGCGCCACAGCUGGGGAGCUGCUGCCGGCGGGAGCGCCGCUGGCGCUGCUGCUGCCCCCGCCGCCUCCAGCGGCAAUGCCCUCCGCAUCGCCGCCGGCGCCGCCGGCGGUUGGGCCGGCCCUGUCUGCAGCUGCCAGGGACCUGGAGGCGGCGUUGCGUGCCGCUGUGGAUGCUGCUGCCACCGCCGCCGGUGAAGCAGGCGAGGAGCUGCGCAAGCAGGUGGCGGCUCCAGGGGCGGACGACGUGGCGCUCGUGGAGGUGGCGCGGGCGCGUCUUGCGGCGUUGGCGGCACCAGUAACAGCGGCACUGGUAGGCGGCCUGUCGGGGCUGUGCCAGGCCACAGUCGCCGCCAGCCUGGCGGAGCCGGAAACGGUGGCGGCGCUGCGGGAUCAGCUGUUGGCCGCCGCCGCCGCAGCGGCGGCGGGACCGCCGUCUCCCCUGGCGCUAUGGCUGGGGGUGUCGGGACCACAUUUGGUGGCACAGCUGGUGAUGCAGCUCACAUUGCAGGCGGACGCCAACGCCUUUGCCAACACCGGUGCUGGUUCCAGCUCCGCGGCAGCGGCGGGUGCUGCAUCGCCUGCUGCUGGCGGGGCAGGCCCGGGGUCGCCGCUGCCCUCGCACCGCACCGGCCCGCAGCUGCGCGCCGCACUGCAGUCGCUGCAGUGGCUGCUUGGCGGCCUGACCCGCAGCGCCCCAGCACCGGUGGCCGCCAGCCCACAUUCGGUGGCCGGCUGGGCUAAGGCCAGUGUUCGGAUGCGGCUGCAGCUUGGGGUGCUGUGUACGGCUUGGUCGGCAGCAGCGGUGGCGGCAGCAGGGCACGCGCUACUGCUGUGCGGGCAGCGGCACGCAGCGGUGACGCUGGCGCUGGAGGUCAUGGGCCGGGAGGUCGACCGGGUGCUCGAUGCCACCAAGGCCACCCUGGAGUCGUUGCGUGCCAACCGCUCGUAUGACGAUGCCGUACUUGCGGACUGCAUGCCGCCCAUUGCCACGGAGCUCACCUCCCACGCCGCCGCCGCCGUCAAGUCGUGCUUCUGGCUGGCGGCGCAAAUGGUGCUGACACCGUUAGUCGUACAGGCGCCACGGCUACCUGGGGUCCCUACCGGUCCUGCAACGGACGGUCUCAGUAGCAGCUACAGCAGCGGUGCCGGGAGUAGCAGCGGCUCAUGCUACAGCUCCUCUCUGCAUAUCGCCAGCUGCGUCAGCUUUACGGUGGUGACGGUGGGCAAUAUCCGCGUCAGCGGGCAGGCGCCGUCAGCGGCCACAUCAGCUGCGGCAGCGGCGCCAGGUGCGCUCCUGCGGCCUGGGGACCCCUCCCUGGCGCCUCUCACCCAGCCGCUACUCACAACCUGGCAGCCGCGGCGGGCGGUGCUGUACCUUGACCUUGUUCGUCUGAAUGCUGCCGCUGCCGCCGCUGCGUCAGCGGCGGCGACAGCCGGAAGCUUGGACUCAGCUGCUCAUGCAGCGCCUCCACUGGCGCCUGAUACGGCUGCGCUGCCACACCUGCCGGCGGCGAUCGAGCUGCUGGGCUGGACCUUGCGCUAUGCGGAGGAGUUUUACAUUGUCCAUUUUGCCACCCGCGCUGCUGCUGCCGCCGUAGUAGCUGCCGGAGACACCGCAGCGAAGGUUGCGUUAUCCCCCACACCGUCUGAAGUGCUGCCGGCGGCGCCAUCUGCCUCGCCGUUGGUGGCGACUACACCGCGAGAAUCCGCUUCGGGCAAUAAUGUUCCAAGCCGGCGGCGAUCAGCAUCUGUGCCUGUGGCCGCGGCCGACGACACGGUGUCCCAGCCGGCCCUGCUGCCUCCACCAUCGCCUGCACCUGCGGCGGCGUUAGCGUUGGACCCCUUGGCGGCGCUGAGCGAGGCCAAGCUGGCAGCGCGCAUGGCGGAGGAGGCUGACGUGGCAAUCGUCGCGGGCGGGCGCCUGGCAGAGGCGGGGUCCCUAGUUAAAUGGCUGUCACAGAGUGGCAUGCUGGUGUUAGCAGCGGCAGACCUGCAGCAGCCGGCGGCAGGUAUUAUCGCCGCUGCUGCUGGCAGCGGCGAUGGUGGUGAUGAUGCUGGUGUCCGGGGGCUGGCACGCACACUUGUCGGCCUGUUGGCAACGCACCACGUGCAGGCCGCUACUGUACGGACGCUGACUCAGCCCAGCGGCCAAAGCGGCGGUGCCGGUGGUGGGGCGUCACAACCGGCAUCUGUAGCGCACAGCACUGUGGCGACGCCGCGACCAGGCGCGCGGUCGGCUGCUGCCACACCUCAGGCGUCCCUAUCAAAUCUAAAGCCCGACCCUGCGACUCUGCUACCACCUGCAGCACCUCCCUCCACAGCACCUCCCGCAACUCCAUCAGAUCCCGCAGCCACUGCUCGGGUGUCAUUGGCGGGGGCGAGUGCAGGCGUGCAGCAGCCGCUGGCUGUGCUGACAUACCUGCGCGAUAUGGCACUCGCCAAGCCAGCACUGGCAGCAUGUGGUGACCUGGCUCACCGGGUAGACCUCACACUGCAGGCGCUGCAGGCCGCCUUUGCAGCGGCACCCCCGCUGGCGCCACAUGCUGCCAUGCUGGCCCGCCAUGUGUCCCGCCAGCUGGCGCAGCAGCGGCUGUUGCUGGAGGGGUUGCUGCUGGCGCCGGAGCUGCACCGCACCCGGCACCCGGGCACGGUGCCGCAGCCGGGCAGUGUGGCCGCCGCCGCGUCCGCUACAGCAGCAGCUGCGGCGGCAGGGCCCGGCGGCUUGCUGUGGCAGCCAUGGGGUCGUGUCGGCAGUGUGGCAGCGGUGCCGCCGCCGCUAGCUGUUCCAGUAUCACAACCGGUGAUGUCAGCAGCUCCGUCACCAGCUCUUAGCGUCCAUAGCAGCCUGGGCCGGAAGCGUCCUUCACUUCCUGCCAUGACCCCUAAGAGCGGUGGCUCCAGGCACUCGUUGCUUACUGGUGGAACUGCCGUGAUUCCUGUGACUCCACCGCGGCUGCCGGGGGCUGCGCUGCCGCCACCACCACCGCCACUGGCAAGUGCAGCGGGCCGCCCCGCAGGGGACGCAUACAGUACAGAAAGCGAGGACGAGGAGGUCGGUGUCAGCAAGCUGGUACCAGUUCCGCUGAGGGCAGGGGGAAUGGGUGUGGUUGCAGGACCACGGCCAGGAGCUGGGAUGGCGGGGCCCAAUGGUGGCAGUGGUGCCGCUGGCGUCCGCGGCGGCGCGGCGGCGGUGCUGCCGGACGUUCCUGAUGCUGACUCCGAUGCAGCCUCCAUUGCGAGCGCAUCCACCCUGGGGACGUUGCCUGGACGAGGGCCCACCCCUCUCUUCUGA